UGUGUGUGUGUGUGUGUGUGUGUGUGUGUGUGUGUGUGUGUGUGUAUGUGUGUGCGUGUGUAUGUGUAUUUGUGUGUGUGUGUAUUUAUGUGUGUGUGUGUGCGUGUGUGUAUGUGUGUGUGAGCGUGUGUGUGUGUGUAUUUAUGUGUGUGUGAGCGUGUGUGUGUGUGUGUGUGUGUGUAUUUGUGUGUGUGAGCAUGUGUGUGUGUGUGUGUGUGUGUAUUUGUGUGUGUGCGCGUGUGUGGAGGUCCUCAGGGUACAGCAGGCAGUGCUCGCUCCACUCCAGGCAGGUCUGCAGAUCAAAGGCAGGUGAGCUCUAGCAGGGCAGACGGCUCUCUGCUAACGGACCCGGGGCUGUGACUGACAGCUCUGACACACCUCCGGCUCCUGAUUGACAGCUCUCUCCCAACGGGCCGCGUGGGCGGGCGAGGGAAACUCUCCCUCUCCGAGGAAGCUGUCAAAUUAGCAAAGGCGGAGACAUGAAAGAAGACUUUCAUCACGGGGGAGACUGGCUGUCUGUUAUCCCCCCCCACCCCCCCAUACACACACACACACACCACCACAACCACACUAACCCACACCUCAUCGCUAAUUCUCACCAUCAAAUCCCUGUCGUUUCGGUGCAUUUUUAACUUUUUGGAUUUCUCUUCCUUUUGUCUUUUUUUUAAUCAUUUAUUGCUGCAUAUUACUUCAACUCGAGUAUUCAUGCUGCAAGCCCCUGUUUGGUUCUGCGAGAAGCUUUUUGUCAGUGAUGUCCAAACGGAAAAUUGAAUUCGUUUUGAUAUACACUUAACGAGCUGUGUUAGUCUGAUUGGACUUCCUGGACUUGAUUUCAGUCCAGGCAGAGUGAUUUUGAGUUCUAGGCUGAAAACAAGCACUUUGAGCCUCAAACAGCGUACGAUGCUAACGGUGCAAAUUAAGCCGUCACGUUACUCUGGAACAGACCUGUGUCUGGACGCCCGGCCCCUCCCACGUCUGCCGUCUCCCGCCACUCAACGUCGUCUGAGCCUCUCCGAUUGGGCUGCCGGCCGGAGGGGGCGGGGCCGGGAGCGUAUGUAUAUGCGGAGGCGCGGUGGCGGUCAGAGGUGACGCUGCGACGCUUCUCUGACGAUCCGGACCAUGCCUCUCCUCCUCGCCCUGGUGACCCUGGCCCUCCUGGCCUGCGGCCUGGCCUUCGACCUGGGCCAGUGGACCCGCUGCGUGCCCAUCCCGCCGCAGAUGGGCGUGUGCCGGGACCUGGGCUACACCGAGAUGCGGCUGCCCAACCUGCUGGGCCACGGCAGCCUGGAGGCGGUGCCCAGCUCCGAGGACUGGCGCCCCCUGCUGGACGCGGGCUGCCACGCCCAGGCCCGCGACUUCCUGUGCGCCCUCAUCGCCCCCAUGUGCCUGGACACGUUCGUCCAGCCGUGCCACAGCCUGUGUGUGGCGGUGCGGGACAGCUGUGCCCCGGUGCUGGCCUGCCAGGGACACGCCUGGCCUGAGGCUCUGGACUGCGACCGCUUCCCCGCCCAGGAGGAGAUGUGCCUGCCCCCCGUCCCCAAAUAUGACAGCCCCUUCUCUAAAGGGCUGCCCCAGCCGGCGUGCCAGCACUGCCCCACUGUGGAGGAGCUCCCCUCUCUGAGGAGCGUCCUGGACGCCCUCUGCCUCAAUGACUUUGCUGUUAAAGCCAAGCUGCACCGCCGCCGCUCGCCGUGGAAGGAGACGGAGUUUGAGGUGGAGGGGCGGGUGGAGUUCGUGCGCCAGGGGCCCCUCCUGCCCUACGACACCCAGAGCCUCCUGCGGCGCUGGCUCCUCCUCAACCUGAGCUGCGCCCGCCUCCUGGUGCGGCCCGGCCGCGCCCAGCUCUACCUGCUGACGGGCGGCGCCCGGCCCGACGGCUCGCUCGCCCUCGCCCGCCUCUUCCCCUGGCACAAGCGGGACGCCAACAUCGCCCACGCUGCCCGUAAGUGGAAACACCACAAGUGCUGACGGGCUUAGAAAACUCCGUCCGAGAGGGGGGUUACCCGGGCAACAGUGCGCGCCUUACUCGCUCCGGGGGGGGGCGGGCGGGCGAGGUAGGCGCUGCGCUGUAAUUGGACAGUCUUCAUCAGAGACCCCCACACCAGAGGGGGCGCCAGAGUGCCAGGUCGGAGCUGGUUUCUCCGACGGGCUCUCUAGCUCCCUUUGCUGGUAGCUUUCCCAAAGAGCGAACGGUGGAACGCACUAUGAAAACUAAAUUUUUUUUUUUUUAAAGCAAACUUUAUGAGAGUGACCGUAUAUUUAAAAUGUUUGUUUGUUUUGUUUUAUGUGGAAUGUGUUUAAAAUAUCUGAUUUUAUUAAAAAGUCUAUUAUAUG